CCUCGAUAUUUCAAACGAAUGAAGAUAAUUAUAACUCCGAAAAUGGUCAUUAUGAAGAACAAUUCCAAAAUGGUGAUGUUUCAUCACCUACUGGAAGUGGACACCAUAAAAAACUCAGCGGUUCGAAGAUCUUUUCCGUAUUAAGUCAUACUAUUCAUGGUAUAAUGGAUGUAGAUCCGGAAGCUGCCCGUAGAAAUAGCAUUGGCAAAACUCGCGAAUCAAUCAUUCAGUUAGAAGAAGCUUUGGAAACUACGACUGAAGACCUAAAGAAAAUAUCUGUAUCUAUUCAAGAUGACCUUGACCGCUUUCAGCGACAAAAGGUUGUAGAUUUGAGAAACAUGUUGAUCUCCUAUGCUAAAAAUCAUGUUAAGUGGUGUAAAGAGAAUCUAAGUAAUUGGGAAGAAGCGAAAGCCGAAGUUGAAAAAGUUCAGACGUGA